GCAGGUUUCCUUGUUGUGACAGCAAACAGGGCCCAGAUGGCUGAUAAAGAGAGAGCGCUUAUAGGUGACUUGGUGACAAGCAACGGGCACAGACAAGCAGGUACCCAGCAAGAAUGGCCAGCCAGUCCCAGGGCAUACAGCACCUUCUGCAGGCAGAGAAACGUGCCAAGGAUAAGCUUGAGGAGGCCAAGAAACGAAAAAACAAAAGACUAAAACAAGCAAAAGAAGAGGCGACAGCAGAGAUAGAUCAGUACAAGCUGAAGAGAGAGGGGGAAUUUCGGCGCAUUCAGACCUCGAUAAUGGGAACGCAGGGUAACCUGGCAGUGAAGAUUGAGGAGCAGACAGCUGAGAAAAUCCAAAUGCACUCAUCUGCCUUCCAGAAGUACAAGGAGAAAGUGUUAAAGGAAUUGCUGGAUAUGGUCUAUGAUAUUAAACCAGAAAUCCAUGUAAAUUACAAAAACAAACUGUAGCUACACAAUUAAAUGAACCCCGCAGUGCCAAAGGGUUUUUAUUGGACAAACACAAUGUGUAUUGCAGGCAUAAUUAGUGCACAUCAGAGGACGCUUCUUGUUUUCUGACAUUACUUUGAAAUCCUGGUAUAAAAAGCUGAAAAUGUCCCUUUACCAUUUUUCCUUUUAGAAUUAAUUCCGGCCACGUAGAAUGUGUCACGUGGAUUUUACACUGACUGAAAAUGUCACCAUUUCCUAAUAAAUUAUUUUCUGCACCGUUCAAAA